AUGGCACCAACAGGCUUAGUAAGAACGGCAACAGUUCCGAGUCAUGAGGACAUCGUGCUACCCGAUGACGAUGUAAACUCGGAGCUGCAAAAAGCAUACGUUCUCAUCAUCGGCGGUGGUCUUGCAUCGCACUGGUGCUCUCUGUGGAUUUUCGAGAAGGGCGAGGUCUACUCAAUGGAGCUCAUGGGCUACCGGAUGCUCCAAAGUCGCUACAAGAUGCGCCAUUUGUAUUCCUUUGCAACAGGUUGCCGUACUCCACCUCCUGGCCCAGACUUCCGUCAGGAAGAAAACCAGGACGACGAGGAGGACGAGCACUGGUGUGAGGAAUUCAGCAAGCUUCGCGCAGUUGUUGAGUACGUCUGGCCGUUUCAGCACAUCUGGCCACAUCAGCUACGAGAAUCUGUCCAGCAUUGCCUCUUCGGCUUCCUCCACAGGAGUGGCAGAAAAAACUUCAUCAUGACAGGGAAGUUUAAGCUCCAAUUGCCGAAGUCUGCCGGUGUUCUCACUUGCCUGGACCUUAUUUGUAUAAAGGACACAUCACCUCACGAUCUUCGCAAACGGGCAAGCAAGCUGCCACUUGGCGAUGCAUUCUACGAGUUGCAUUUUCAUAACUGCCAGCUCUUUCUUCUGCAGCUUCUCUGCGAAAAGUAUGGGGUGGAGGUUGCAAAGCUGCCCUUGACGGCGGGGUCGGUUGCUGCUGGGCCUUCUCUGUUGUUUCUGGAAGUCGCUUUCAUUGCUAUCUUUCAUGCGCUUCGGCACUGGCACCCCAAUUUAGCGAUGCUUGUCGGUCUGCUGUGGGUGGCAGCAGAAGCCUACCUCACCUGGAGGUAUGUGUACUCGCACGCCUUAAGUGCCACCAGCGGGGUCGUCAUCGGUGGCGUCGGCACAAUGUGUCUUUGGAUUGGAGUCGCAGUGCAUAGCCCUUCGAACUAUAUCUUUGUCGACUCUAUUCCUGUCCUGAGCCUGCUUUGGGACCUUUGCAUGGUCGCGGAGGCACUGACCGUCAACAUGGUCUAUCAUGAUGCUGUUUUGACUUUCAUGAACCUCAUGCUCAUUAUUCUAGCAAUUGUCGGGGUCGGCAUCUUGCAAUUUCUGAACGGGCGGCCUGUGCAAGAGCUCUACGAGGGAGUUGCGGGAGCAGUGCUCGGAUCGCUACCUUUGAUCUUCGGCUAUAGGCUUUUCUUGAAGAUCGAUAACAGGCUGGCGCGAUUUCUUUGCGCCUCCUGCUUGAUGUACCUCUCCUUGAUCGCCUUGGUGGUUUGGAUAUCACAACAUACGACUGGGCAGGAAGGAUACCACGUGGCUGCUCUGCCCGAAGCUUCUGAAGGAGCUCCGGGUGCUUCUCCAAGGCAUCAAAUGCAGAGAACCCUCUUCAUGCGCCCCUGA